AUGGAGAAGGUCCAGGCCGGAGACCGCUUUGUGGGCUGGGUGAAGCACCCUGUGCUGACGACACGGCAGAAGUUCGACCUUGUCGUAGAGGUAGGUCCUGGUGAUGACAAGGGUGCGUGGAAGAUCACGGAUCCCAACAAGAGGCUGAAGGCCGGCAAGUCUUAUGAAGGUCCCUGCAAGGUCAUUGCUGAAGAAGGAGACAGCAUCAUCUUCCGGGACGAAGAUACGGUCCUGAAUGGCACCCUGAACGGUGCCGGGCCGGGCACAAUCAGUGGCCGUGCCAUGCAGGGCGGGCUGAAAUGGGGUGGUUUCUUCGAGGCCAAUUACCGCAACGCAUUUCGAAGAGUGGAGCCCGGUUUGGCCCAUGGCGGGGAUCUGAGGGGCCUUUUGGUAGAGACCGUGCUGCAACCAGCUUGCUUCACUGACAAUGGCCAGCGUGAGAGGCAGUGCUGCGUGAACCGUGGUGACGAGCUUGCCGAAAGCAGCGUGGUUCCAUACCAUCCCGGCUCGGGAUUUUGGGACAUUCUCUGGUCAUCUUCGUGUCAGCGGACGUCCAGGCCUCGUGUGCCAGCAGCGGCAGUCGAGGAGCUUUCCAGGGAUGGCCAGAUUGCCCAGAGCCAAAGCGUCGUGCGCCGCCACAUCGCAGGCUUGCCAGGGAAGGAGCAUCUGCUGGCGUAUUCGAUCGUUCCUGAUGCAGACGGGUACGGCACGAGCAGCGGGUCAAGGAUGCCGCGCGCAAACUUCCUGCCAUGCAACACGACUGCAGCCAUCCCGAUCGAGAAUGCCAAUUUUAUCGGGAAAGUGCUGCUGCUCUACCGACCAACAGAGGGGCUAGAACGUGGGCACCCUUACUACGACCACUUCCGGUCGCGUAAGCGUGGAUGGGAGCUUCGCUUACAGGGCAAGUUCAAGAAGGCUCCCAGGGGCAGGCUCUAUGUUGGAGCGGUUCUUCGUGAUUUCAACUAUGACCAGCCAGUGGCUUCCACAUCCAUCCUUGCGAUGAACACGGCCAUCACGCUGGUGAAAUAUACUUACAGGAUAUACUUCUCGUGGGGGGCUCGCUGCAAGGACGCUCUCCAAAAAGACGCGGAGCUCGGCCACGCUGUUUCGGAUCUGACGGUAUUCGACCAGAUCAUCAUCACUCCGGCGAGCAGGCCAAUUCCUCCCAUCUGUUCGGACCUAGACGAGCCGAGCGAUGUGUACGGGCUGAGCCUCAUGCGCCGGGACGUAGGACUGGCCGAAUACAGCCGCAUGGUUCAAGAGGUCGAGAGCUCACUCAACACGCAGGACACCUACACCUUCAGGUUGUGGGGGCCGGCGCCAUUUCUCGACGUGCUGAAUUGGCAAUUGAAAAUGGGAGCCAGAGUCAGCCUCGAUCAUUUCAUGCAGGAUUUCCCCAUCCACGUUUGCAUGUAUGACCUGCCUGAUGAUCAUGAUCAGACAAGUGAUGACCCGCGGCACUUGGAGUCGAAGAAGCGCUACUACUUUGAUUUCAUGGGUUGGAGCAAUGUCGUCUCGAUUGCGCCCGCAAUCUUUCAACGUUAUGUUUUUCAGAACGCCCCGGACGGGUUCGCGAUGCAGCUGAGCAGGCAGUUCAGCAACAACAGCUUCCACUCUUUGAACUCUGGGAGCUUUAUGUCAGUAGAGUCAACUGCUUCGCGAAGACCUUUCUGGCGGAGAUGGUUAGAUCGCUUGAGGUGGAUACCAAAAUCCACAUGCAACUUCAACUCGCUGCCGCAGCCACUUCCGGCAUAG